AUGAUCUCCAAUACAAAGAUCUUAUGUAUUCUGAUUCUGUUAUCUUUAUCACUAAACACCAUUCAUGUUCUUGCCGGAGACUCAGACAAAAAAGAUUCAGAUGAAAAGGACAAGGACUCGGACUCGGACCAAAAAGAUAAAGACUCGGGCUCGGACUCGAAAGAAGACUCCCACUCGAAAAAGGACUCAGACGAGUCUGAGUUGUUUUUAAUAUCUUGUGGCUCCCCAGAGGAGGUAACAGAUUCCGAAGGCCGGAAAUGGGCCCCCGACUCCAAGUUCUUAGCUUGUUCCGACAACUCAUCGACGGCAAAGGCCGACUCAAUUGACCCUACUAUCCCCUCAGAAGAACCCUACGGGUCCGCACGAAUCUUCAACACAACAUCCUCUUACAACUUGUCAGUUACGACCAAGAAACGCCUCUGGAUCAGACUCCACUUUUAUCCAUUCUCUAACGACUGUCUCAACCAAACCAGGGCCUAUUUCUCCGUCGUCGCAAACGAGUUCACUCUCCUCAACAACUUCAGCGCCGCCACAACGGCCGAAGCUCUCACAGAGGCCUACGUUGUCAAAGAAUUCUCACUCACUCCUGUCACAUCCGGGAAACUCAAUAUUACAAUCACACCAUCUCAGCAACCAGAGAACACAAUCGCAUUCCUCAAUGGCAUCGAGGUGAUUCCGAUGCCGGAUAUUUUCAAGACGACGCCCUUGGUCGGAUUCGUCGACCAAACCAUCGAGGUCCAGAACUCCUCUGUCCAAACCAUGUAUAGACUCAAUAUCGGCGGAAACUUUAUUCCGCCGACAGAGGACUCCGAAGGCGGAGGUAACCGGACGUGGCACGAGGACUCCGGUUACUUAAUCGGUGCCCCCACCACGAAAUUCGGGAUCACUGGCGAGGCAAAUGGCAAUGUCACCAUUAAGUACCCUGGAGAUGUCCCCGAAUACAUUGCACCACUAGCUGUUUACAAUACCGGUAGAUCAAUGGGGCCGAGUCCGAACGUCAACCUCAACACCAAUCUGACGUGGCAUUUCGACGUCGAUGUAAAUUUCACAUACGUCGUGAGAUUGCAUUUCUGCGACUUUGAGCUCGAAAUGGCGAAUCAGAGAGUGUUUGAUAUCUUUCUCAACAACCACACGGCGCAGCAAGGCGCCGAUGUGAUCGGGUGGGCCGGGUCCUCAGCACACGGACACGGCUCCUCGGGGCAAGGGAUUCCUGUUUACAAGGACUACGCGAUUUAUGUGAAUGAUCGCAAUAAUGGAAUUGAGCAGGUUUGGGUGGCGUUGCACCCAAAUGAGGAAAUGAAACCUGAAUACUAUGAUUCGUUGCUUAAUGGUUUAGAGGUCUUCAAGAUCAAUGACACAUGUGGGAAUUUGGGAGGCCAAAAUCCGGUGCCGGUAAGACAUUGCUACACAAACGAGUUUCUAACGAAGAAAGGUGACGACGAAAACUCAAGCUAG